AUGAAGUCUCUCGUCCUUGGACUUCUCGUUGGAAGUGCAAUCGCCUCUGGGCCCCUGCAGCAUGUGCUACACGCACCACCAGACCCGGAGCCAAAGCCGGAGCCGGAGCCGCAAGUUGUGAAAGACCCUUUCGAGGAGCUGCGUGAUACCUUCGAUCGCCUACGCAACAAGGCCGGAGAUAUCUGGGAUGAUGUGAUGGAUAACAUUCCCAACAUCAUGAGUAACAUGCGUCCUCUUACAAUUCCGGCCAAGAAAUUCACGCGUCGCCCGGAUUCAGAAUGGACCCAUAUCGUCCGGGGUGCUGACUUGGAGGCACUCUGGGUGGAUGAUGAAAGUGGGUAUAAACACCGUAAAAUCGACGGGAAACUUUCACAAUAUGACCUGAGAAUCAAAGCUGUCGACCCCAGCGACCUUGGUAUCGACAAAGUCAAGCAGUACAGUGGAUAUCUGGAUGACAAUGCGAACGAUAAACAUCUCUUCUUCUGGUUUUUUGAGUCCCGCAAUGAUCCUUUCGGAGAUCCUGUCGUGUUAUGGUUGAAUGGAGGGCCAGGUUGCUCCAGCUUGACUGGUAUGUUCUUUGAACUUGGACCGGCCAGUAUCGACGAAAAUAUCACGGCCAACUAUAAUCCGUACUCCUGGAACUCAAACUCGUCGAUAAUUUUCCUCGACCAACCAGUCAACGUUGGGUACUCGUACAGCAGUCAAGCCGUCAGUGAUACAGUAACUGCUGCCAAGGACGUCUAUGCCCUUCUUACACUUUUCUUCACGCAAUUCCGCCAGUACUCCGCGCAGGAUUUCCAUAUUGCUGGUGAAUCCUAUGCAGGACACUACAUCCCGGUUUUCGCUUCGGAGAUUUUGCACCACAACAACACCAACAUCAACCUCCAAUCCGUACUGAUCGGGAAUGGCUUAACAGAUCCUCUUUCGCAAUAUCCAUUCUACAGACCCAUGGCCUGUGGUGAUGGUGGAUACCCUUCUGUGUUGGAUUCUCAAUCUUGCCAAUCCAUGGACAACGCUCUGCCACGCUGCCUCUCAAUGAUUAAAUCCUGCUACGAUAUCGAGAGCACAUUCACCUGCCUCCCAGCUUCCAUCUACUGCAACAAUGCCCUUAUCGGCCCUUACCAGAAGACCGGCCGCAAUCCGUACGACGUACGAACUAACUGCACAGGCAAUGACCUCUGCUACCCUCAAUUGAAUUACAUUACCGAAUACUUGAAUAAGCCACACGUGAUGAGGUCACUGGGCGUCGAAGUCGACAGCUACGAAUCUUGCAACAUGGACAUUAACCGCAACUUCCUCUUCCACGGUGACUGGAUGAAGCCCUAUCAUCGCCUUGUCCCGUCUCUCCUUGCCCGAAUUCCCGUCCUCAUCUAUGCCGGCGAUGCUGACUUCAUCUGCAACUGGUUGGGCAACAAGGCGUGGACAGAGGCCCUUGAGUACCCAGGCCAUGCCAAAUUUGCUGAAGCACCAAUGGAAAACUUAACUAUGAUCAACAGCCAGGGAAAAAACGAGGUUUUCGGCGAGGUGAAGUCUCACAGCAACCUCACCUUCAUGCGCAUCUUCAAGGCCGGACACAUGACCCCGUUCGAUAGUCCUCAAGCGAGCUUAGAAUUCGCCAAUAGCUGGUUGAGUGGUGAAUGGUCGGAAGUGUAG